AGUGCGGGCUGAAGGGAAGUCAACAGGAGGGUGCGCAUGAGUCCAUUUAAAGUCUCAUGAGCGAGGGGCAGACUAAUGUUGCUAAGCUGUUUUUUUUUUUAUCUGGUUCAUUUUAAAAUGUUUUGAACAUGUUCUAUUUUUCUCAUCGGCUCGCUGGACUUCAUCCAGGAGGAGUCAGGUUUACCUGAACACGUUGAGCUUGAGAGCUGAUGGAGAGAGGCAGGGCUGAGCGCGGUGCCACUCCAGCGCGCUGAGCAGGGAUUUCAUUCAGCGCGCAGCGCAAUCUGCCGCAUGACCUGUGCGUCUUUUCUCAGCCAUUCAACUAUUUGUGCUUAAAUUUCCACCAAAAAGAAAAGGCAAAGGAGCCUGUUUUGUUUCCCUGCCAGCUUAAUGGGGAUCACCCCUCUACCACAUGCAUCUGGCCACGGCGUAAGGUGUACCUCAAGCGACCUGCAGGAGCGUCUAGUUAAUUGAAAUCGAUCCACUGGUUUGUUUUUUUGAAUGUGAAGCAGCGGCAGAAGGUUUUACUCCUCCUCCUCUUCCUCAUCCUUCCCCAUCCUCUUACCUCCAACAUGACUUCCCUAUCGGGGACUAAGGAGAGGAGCAGCCGGAGCAGAAAACAUGGGAUGUCUGACUCCUCCCCAACAAAAUCUGCCUCCUUUUUCCCUGACACAUGGUGCCGAAAAGCCUAUGAGGAAAACACCCGUUCUGGCACUCGUCCCACACCUGAGGGAGCCGGCUCCAUGCCCAGCUCCACGGGCACCCCUUCCCCAGGCUCUGGGAUCUCAUCACCUGGAUCCUUCUCUGGAUCUCCUGGAACCAUCUCCCCAGGAAUUGGCACUGGAUCACCAGGUUCCCUCGGUGGUUCCCCGGGUUUUGGGACCGGGUCACCGGCCUCAGGAAGUGGAAGUUCCCCGGGAAGUGAAAGGGUGAUAUGGUGUGAGAACUGCAACACACGGCUGAUGGAGCUGAAACGUCAAGCACUGAAACUGCUCAUCCCUGGACCAUAUUCCAGCAAGGAAACCCUACAAGAUACUUCUGACUUAAAGCACUUCUAAAGACCUUUCAGUUUUGGUCCAUUUUGGCUCCCCCAGUGCACAAAAGCUGCAUUGUUUUGCCUGAAGAAGAACCGCAUAUUCCAUGAAGACCAGCACAUAGCACGGUCAAAUGCUUAUCUCCUGGUCAACUGCAGUUGGAUUGAUCUAGAUUUCUGUUUCCAGUGACUGUAUGAAACAUGAAUAGCAAUCAGGUAGUGCAUCUAAUUGUGGCGACACAAUGUGAUAUGAUGAUGUUGAAAAUAAGAAACAGUUAGCUUUGGUUUUGUACCGCAUUCAACCCCGCCUCACCGACUCGUAAAAAACUGGUGUGUUGAUGACUUUAGAAUCUUGAAACAGACACAUAUAAUGUCAUGUUUGAUCAUUUCAUUGUAAACACACAUAUAUAAAUCCCAGCAGGAAGGUGCUGCAUUGCCUGAAAUCAACCCUGCACAAAUAUACAGUCUUCCAGGGAAA